AUGAAUGGGGAUGUAAUUUGUUUCCAAACAUUGAACCUCAGGUAUUUUAUUGUUAAAAGUUGCAACCGUGAAAAUUUGGAAUUAUCUGUACAGCAAGGAGUAUGGGCAACUCAAAGGAGCAAUGAGGCUAAACUGAAUGAAGCUUUUGACUCUGCUGAGAAUGUGAUUUUGAUUUUCUCUGUCAACCGGACUCGGAAUUUCCAGGGUUGUGCAAAGAUGACAUCCAAGAUUGGUGGUUCUGUUGGUGGGGGCAAUUGGAAAUAUGCACAUGGAACUGCACAUUACGGGCGAAAUUUCUCUGUCAAAUGGUUAAAGUUAUGUGAAUUGUCCUUCCAAAAAACUCGCCAUCUACGGAAUCCAUUCAACGAAAAUUUACCAGUAAAGAUAAGUAGAGACUGUCAAGAGCUAGAGCCCUCUGUUGGUGAGCAGUUGGCUUCCUUGCUUUAUCUUGAGCCUGAUAGUGAACUUAUGGCAAUUUCACUUGCAGCUGAGUCAAAACGAGAGGAGGAGAAAGCAAAGGGAGUUGAUCCAGAAAAUGGAGAGAAUCCAGACAUCGUCCCAUUUGAGGACAAUGAAGAAGAGGAAGAGGAAGAAAGUGAAGAAGAGGAGGAUAGCUUCAGCCAGGUUCCUGGGGCAGCAACUCAGGGUAGAGGAAGAGGCAGGGGAAUCAUGUGGCCACCUCACAUGCCGCUAGCACGUGGUACCAGACCUAUGCCUGGGACACAGGGUUUCCCCCCUGUAAUGAUGGGUGCUGAUGGAUUAUCUUAUGGAACUAUUACACCUGAUGGGUUUCCUAUGCCAAAUCUCUUUGGGGUUGGCCCCCGUGCUUUUGCGCCAUAUGGUCCUAGAUUCUCUGGUGAUUUUCCAGGUCCAGCCUCUGGCAUGAUGUUUCGUGCGCGGCCUUCUCAACAUUUUCCAGCUGGUGGAUUUGGGAUGAUGAUGGGUCCAGGGCGUGCUCCCUUUAUGGGAGGGAUGGGGGUUGCAGGUAUAAAUCCAGCUCGACCUGGUCGGCCAGUUGGUAUGCCCCAAAUGUUUCCACCACCCUCGCUUCCAUCCUCUCAAAAUAUCAAUCGGGUUGUGAAGAGAGACCAGAGGGAUAAUGAUCGAAAUGACAGGUAUAGUGCAGGUUCAGAUCACAUCAAGGGUCAAGAGAUGCCUAGUCCGGGCAGACGACCAGAUGAUGAGACACAGUAUCAUCGAGGAUUCAAGGCUCACCGUGAAGAUCAACAUGGUGGUGGUAAUAACUUUAGAAAUGAUGACAGUGAAAGUGAGGAUGAGGCGCCUAGGCGAUCAAGGCAUGGGUAGGGAAGAAAGAAAUGGUGAGGCUCAGAAGGAGAUGCUGCCACCGGCUCUCAUCACUUGACAGAUUCGACCAGCUGAAUAGCAUAACGAGUGACAUAACUGGGGAAGCCAUCUUUCUCAGGCUGACCUGCUUUCUUGGAAACAAAAUAAAAGUAGAAGUCUUCCGGAGUACUUUUGCUGUAUCUAACAAGUCCAGGGUGGUGAAAUGUCUUGUUUUCGAAAAUCUAUUCUAAGUGUUCAAAUGUGUUGCUAGGACUAGUUGAGUUAAUAACGAAUCGAGAAGAGUGAGAUGAAUAGUUACGGGGACUUGGUAGUAAUAUAGGCUAACGUACUUGUAAAUAAUCAUUACAAUAUUGUAUCCAAUAGUAUACUCUAUUGAUCUACAUCUUCUCCACUAUCACUGAUCAGUGUAUGUAUUUCUCUUAUAAUAUAUAUACAUGUCAUUUGGUUACAGUA